UGUUCAAUUGACAACAUCCUGAGAGACAGAAGUAACUGUAAAAGCAAGAAAGGAGACAAUUCUGAUCUGACUGUGGGUGACACCAGGUCUCGCUGAGGAUACAAAAAUAUCUGCAGGAUACCACACCCCUACCCUAUUUCUUUCCCGGAUGGUAGGACUGAGGAUCACAGUGUUAUAAAUAUUAAGGCUGCAUAAUAUUAAUCAACAUACAAGCAAAACAUGAUCAACUCUCCAGAGAGUGUUACAGAGAAACCAAUUUUAUGGGAUGGAGGACACCUCUCCGAUAUUUAUACACCCACAGAUCAUACACAGUAUACAUCUACUCAUAUUAAGGAGGAGUCAGUCUCAUGUGAUGGAGGAGACCUCACACACACUGAUAUGUAUACACCUACAUAUUAUACACUGUAUACAUCUACUCAUAAUAAGGAAGAGUCAGGCUCAUGUGAUGGAGGAGACCUCACACACACUGACAUGUAUACACCCACAUAUCAUACACUGUAUACAUCUACUCAUAUUAAGAAGGAAUCAGGCUCAUGUGAUGGAGGAGACCCACCACACACUGACAUGUAUACACCUACAGAUCAUACACAGUAUACAUCUACUCAUAAUAAGGAGGAGUCAGUCUCAUGUGAUGGAGGAGACCUCACACACACUGACAUGUAUACACCCAUAGAUCAUACAAUGUAUACACCUACUCAUGCUAAGAAGGAAUCAGGCUCAUAUGGUGGAGGAAAUCUCACAGAUGCUGACAUGUAUACCCCCACAUAUUAUACACUGUAUACACCUACUCAUACUAAGAAGGAAUCAGGCUCAUGUGAUGGAGGAGACCCCCCACACACUGACAUGUAUACACCUACAGAUCAUACACAGUAUACAUCUACUCAUAUUGAGGAGGAGUCAGGCUCGUGUGAUGGAGGAGACCUCACACACACUGACAUGUAUACACCCACAUAUCAUACACUGCAUACAUCAACUCCUAUUACAGGGGAACCAGUCUCAUGUGAAGGAGGUAAUCUGCAUUCUACAUGUGACCCUAGUUUGGAAGGCGGCGAAGUGGACUGUAAUACACAGCCCAGUAACCUUUCUGAGAAUCAUACAGGACAUGAUAUAAAUGUAUGUGGUGCAUCAGCUCCACAGAAUGUCCAGUAUAGCGAGCAGACCUAUAAGUGCUGUGAGUGUGGAAUGAUUUUUACAGUCCAUUCUGAACUACUUAAGCAUGAGGCCGCUCAUGCACAGAAUACAUCGGCUCUAUGUUCUGAACUUGGGAAAUGCGUCAGUGGAAAAAAGCCAUUUUCCUGCUCUGUCUGCGGGAAAUGUUUUACCCAGAAGGCCAAUCUCACCAGGCAUCAGCUAAUCCACACCGGAGAGAAGCCAUUUUGCUGCUCAGUCUGCAAGAAAAGCUUUAACCAAAAGUCAAAUCUCCUAACCCAUCAGAGGAGCCACACAGGAAGUAAGUCCUUUACUUGUUCCCAAUGUGGUAAAUCUUUCAGUUUCAAAUCGGAUCUUGUGGUACAUCAGAGAAUACACACCGGGGAGAAGCUCUACUCCUGCUCGGAAUGUGGGAAAUGCUUUGCCCAGCACUCAGCCCUUGCGAUACAUCACCGGAGUCACACCGGAGAGAAGCCGUAUUUCUGUUCUGAGUGUGGCAAAUGCUUCAUCACUGACUCACACCUCAAGAUGCAUCAGAGAAUUCACACGGGAAAAAAGUUAUAUGCUUGCUCUCUGUGCGGGAAACGGUUUACCGGCAACGGGACCCUCACUAGACACCAGAAGAUUCACAUCGAAGAAAAGUGGUAUCCUUGCCCUGAAUGUGGGAAGUGUUUUACCCACCAAUCAAAUCUCAAGCUUCAUCAGAUCAUUCACACCGGGGAAAAGUUUUCCUGCUCGGUCUGUUGGAAGGAGUUUGCGGACAAGUCAGGGCUUAUUAGGCACAAGAAAAUUCACACAGGGGAGAGACCGUACUCCUGCUCUGAAUGUGGGAAAUAUUUCAACACCAGCUCAAACCUUAAGGCCCAUCACAGGGUUCAUACUGGAGAAAAGUCAUGUUCCUGCUCCGAGUGCGGGAAAAGUUUCACUGACAUUUCAGGGCUUAUUAAACACCGGAAGGUCCACACAGGAGUGAAACCGUAUUCGUGCUCCGACUGUGGGAAGUGUUUCACCACCAAAUCCCAUCUUAUGACGCAUCAAAGAAUUCACACCAGAGGGAAGUAACUGUAUGACUGUUACCACUCUGUUCCCCGGGAGCUGCCUUGAGUUCAUCCCUGUCUGAUUGCUACUCCCCUUUUAGACUGUAGGCUCUCACGGUUAGGGCCCUCUUCCCUCAUGUGCUUUUCCUUAACUCCCCAUCAUCUCCUCACACUGCCUACAACAGCACCAAACCUUUGGGUUCGGUCCCCCUGCUGCUAAUUUUGAUAUUAUGACUACUGCGGAAAUGUUUAUAAACCUUAUAGUUCAUGUUCUGCAAGUCACUUUUCUAUUGUCUGUACUGUUUUGCUGUGGACCCCUUGUGGUGGCAUAUUAAUAAAGGAUAAAUAAUGAUAGGAGGAAUUGAUCAAGUAAGAAAGUGUUAAAUAGAUAGCCAAUGUGUUCUUGUUUUAAAUGGGGGAAUCAUUGUAUUCAUAAAUCAUAUAUCUAGAUAUAUAUAUAUAUAUAUAUCUAGAUAUAUAUAGAUAUAGAUAUAUAGAUAUAUAUAUAUAUAUAUAUAUAUAUGGAGAGAUAGAUGAGAUAUGUGUGUGUCUGUGUGGGAAAUAUUUUAUAGUAGCGUAUGCCAUGAUGGACAUAAAAGAAGUCACUCAGGUGAUAAACAGCCUGUUGCUUUGAAUGCGGGGGUCACUUUCCAAAUUGGACAUUUCUUGUUAACAUUCAGCAAAUUCAUAUUGGUAAGAAUGGGGGUUGUAUUUUAUGUAGAACAAUAACGCAAAUCAUAAAAAAAAAAAAUCUCAAACAGUGAUUCUCCACAGGCUUACUUGACGCUUGAAAGUGUCUGAUAAUCACAGAUAGUCAAUUAGUUCAGUUCUUAUAGAAUGGGUCCGCUUUAUAGUGACGCAAUUGAGCAUGUAACAGAUUACAGUAUUGGUAGAAUAGAUGCAGUGAGUUGGUAUAUUCAUAUAAACACAUGAUUUAACAAUUCAUAUCAUCAGGGCUGCAAUCAGGGACAGAGCUGAGAGCCACAUAGGGGCCCUUGGUGAUAAGUAGUCUCUCAAUAGAAGCCGUUCAUACAGUGUCCCUCGGGAAAUUUGCUAACUGCAGCAAUCAUCAGUUUGUACAAUCAGUCAUGGCAGCAGUCACCUAGAUCAAGGUUUCCCAAUCUCAGUCCACAAAGAACCCUAACAGUCCAGAUUUUAAGGAUAUGCAUGCUUGUGCAUAGAUGGUAUAAUCAAACUGAGAUACUAAUUAAGUCACCUGUGCUUAAGCAUGGAUAUCCUUAAUUCCUGGACUGUUAGGGUGUCUUGAGGGGAGGUAGUCAAUUUUCCGGCUGUUGGUAUCUCGGGCUGUCAGGAUACCAAAACCAGAAUCCUGACACCCGGUGAAAUAUCAGCAGUCGGAAUCCCGACUGUCGGAUGAAAUCCCCACUUGGGUGGUGGUCCACUCCACAACCCAAAGGGGGGAAUAUAAACCCGGGAGACCAAAGGUCGCCACCGGGCCCGAAGCGAGUCAAGCGCAGUGAACCUGCGAGAGAACCUGCUGCGCUUGCCGCCGGUAUCCUGGCUGUCGGGAUCCCAACAUCGGUCUCCUGAUUGCCGGGAUAUCAUACUGAAUCAGUCUUAAGGACGGAGUUUGUGAACCAAUGACUUAGGUGUUACUGAUUUCUUCCUGUAGCACUUUCCCUUAAUGACAGGCAAGUUUAGGAACAGAUGGUAAAGAGGUGCGAGGGGCUGAUUUAUAAUGGCCAAAAUGUGAGAAGCCCUGCUAUACAUCAGCCAUGAAGCUGGGUUGUCCUUUAAUGCUCAGCACUAGAAUGGAAGCCCUGCUACAUGUUAGCCACCAGUUGCAAAGUCCUGUUGCACACUAGUUGGAAGUCUGCUAUACAUGAGCCACCAAAAUGAGUUCUGCUUUAUUUAUUAGCCACCAGAGAAGAUUCUGUAUUGUAGUCCCUGGAAUAAAGUGUGGGGUAAGCAGGAGCCCUGUUUAUUAGGAUGAAUGUUUUUUUAGAACCAUCUCCCAAGGGUGCCCCUCCUCCAUAUGUGAAGUGGAUAUCAUAGGAGACACUGAGGCCAACCAGGGCAUUGUGUUAUAUAUGCUUACAUCUUCUCUACAUAGGAUAAUUGUUGCUGACUUCUUUCAGACUUUGGGCCUGAAUCAGAUGCGGCCGCUAUUUCAGUGAUCACUCAUUUGAAUGGUUAUCUGCUGUCUUGCAGGUGUCUUAGCCGCAAUACGCACAUGCAGCAAUUAGCCCUAACUGUGUGGAGUUUGUAUAUUCUCCCUGUACUUACGUGGGUUUCCUCUUGGUACCCCGGUUUCCUCCCACAAACCCAAAAUAUACUGGUAGGUUAAUAGGAUCCCAACAAAAUUAACCCUAGCGUGAAUGUGUCUGUAUGUACAUGUGGUAGGGAAUAUAGAUUGUAAGCUCCACUGGGGCAGGUACUGAUGUGAAUGUUCAAAUAUUCUCUGUAAAGCGCUGCGGAAUAUGUGUGCGCUAUAUAAAUAACUGGUUAUAAAUAAAUAAUAAUAAA